GACCCCGAGUCCCAUUUUUGAUACAUAAACCCUAUUCGAAUCAAAACCUUAGGGUUUUAGUCGGUCCUUGAACGCAGAGUGACAGAGAGCGAAGCGGACAAGGUUAUUGCAAUGGCUUUCUUAAGUAAAAUUGGGAAUAUACUCAGACAGACUGCAAACAAGCAGAUCAGAUCUGAAUUAUCUCCUUUCAAACUGUCCAUCCAUCAAGCAGUAAGAUGCAUGUCAAGCAUGGCGAGUUCAAAACUCUUUAUUGGAGGUAUUUCGUACCAGACAGAUGAGCAGAGUCUGAGGGAAGCUUUUGCAAAAUAUGGUGAAGUUAUUGAUGCAAGAAUCAUCAGUGACCGUGAAACUGGUAGAUCUAGAGGAUUUGGGUUCAUCACUUUCACCAGUAGCGAGGAGGCAUCCAGUGCCAUCCAGGCCUUGGAUGGGCAGGAGCUUCAUGGCCGCCGAGUAAGGGUGAAUUAUGCUACCGAUAGGCCUCGCCCUAACUUUGGUGAUGGCGGCUACAACGGAGGUGGUGGAGGUUAUGGCGGCGGUGGUGGUUACGGUGGCAGCGGCGGUGGUUAUGGCGGUGGCGGUAGUUAUGGCGGUGGUGGUUAUGGUGGUGGGAACACUGGUGGCGGAUAUGGUGGAAGUGGAGGUGGCUACAGCAGUGGUGGUAAUUAUCCAAGUGGAAACACUUUUGAAACUGCUAGCACUGGAGGUGCUUUUGGCAAUAGCAGCAAUUUUGGUGGUGCUGGCGUUGUUGGUGGUGCUGAUGACUUUGUUGGCGGUGCUGACAACAACUUUGGCAGUGGUGGAGCUCAAUUGGGAGAGAACAAAGGUGGUUUCAGCUUGGAUGAUCCAUUGGAAGGAAAUGAUAGGGAUGACGAUAACGACGGCAACUUUCUCAAGAGGGCUUGAUAAUAUUUAGAUAUGAGGAGCAAUUUAGUUUGCUUCUCCGCAGAGAUACUAGAAGAUUGUCUUUUUGUUACAGCUGAAUGUUCCCCCUCCCUGUCUUCCUGAACUAUUAAUUUCGUUUGUCGGAUUUUUCUGUGAAUUUCAUGCACCUUUUAGUGUGCUUUGUCAACUAAGGACCUGGAUUGUGGAAAUAAUUGUGAUUCAUGGUCUCCCUUAUUUUUCUUUUAAAAUGACAUAGAAACUUAAAUUGAA